AUGAAUACGUCUGCCACAAAGGUUCAAUCAAAUAUCAGCAGCGUUGCAUCAAAUUUCCCAAUUCCUGAAAAUGUAUUUGCGCUUACUGUACAGGAUGUUUAUCACUACACAGACCGUUUAUUUAAAUUUCGUUUGAAUCGUCCGGAAAGUUUUCGUUUUCGUUCAGGUGAGUUUGUUAUGAUUGGUUUGCCAAAUGAAGAAAAGCCGGUUUAUCGUGCUUAUUCAAUCGCAAGUCCGUUUUGGGAUGAACAGCUUGAGUUUUUUUCUAUCAAAGUGCCAGGAGGACCAUUAACUGAGCACCUCCAAAAAAUUAAAAUUGGUGAUAUAGUUUUAAUGCGUAAGAAAUCUACUGGGACAUUGGUUCUUGAUGCGCUCGUUCCUGGAAAGCGUCUUUAUCUUCUUUCAACAGGGACCGGAAUUGCUCCCUUUGCAAGCCUUGUUCGUGACCCGGAGACUUAUGAAAAAUUUUCAGAAGUGGUGCUUAUUCAAACAACUCGUGAACGAGAUGAGCUUGCUUAUGCAAAAGAGCUUGUUGUCUCUUUACAACAAGAUCUACUUAUUGGCGUAUAUGCACAACAAUUGAAAUUUUAUCCUAUGACCACUUCGCGAAACUUCUGA